UUGGUAAUGUCGAUUGAGUUUCAUGAUGACUAGUUUUAUUCUUGCACACUUUUCGCAUAAGAGGCUACAUAAAAUAGCCUCUUAUAAUCAUUUUGGAGUACGUGGGAAACCUUACAAGUUACCGAACCUUUUCUUGAAAACAGGAAAAGUAUUACCGUUGCGAAAGCUUUCUUGUCAAGUUUUUGAAAUUACUCGGGAUAAGCCGGCAGUUAAAGUUGAUGAACUAAGCAAAUCAUUUAAAAUUGAAAAGAGUCGGGAUAGCAAACAACCCUCUCGUGUUGAUUCAGUGAAACAAGUUUCUUUUGUUGCUCGUCAAGGCGAAGUUUUUGGUUUAUUGGGACCUAAUGCCUCUGGAAAGACCACUUUAUUGCGGUGUUUGGCCACUUUGAUUGCACCUGAUUCGGGAACAUUUGAAAUAUUUGGAGUGAAUGGAAUAAAACAUCCCGAUAU